CGUGGCGGGGUCGGAGGUGAAUGACCGGUAGUAACCCCAGAAUCACACCACCGGCUGAUGCCACUGUCACCGGAGGAACGGCCAUCCCCUCACUUCGGCAUCUGGAGGAGCCGCGCGGCCCGGCGCCUGGUUCGGACGGCGCUUUCUCUGUCGAAUUUAGAAUUCUUCGGCGCAUCCUUGAAGCCGGCCCUGGUUACUGUCUCUUCAGUGUUCAUUGUUCGCAGCAACAAUGUCAGAUCAGGAUCCAGCAACCAAGCUUCCAGACCUGCAGCCAAGCUGCCAGCACUCCAAGUUCAUCAUUGGUUCUGUGUCCGAGGACAACUCUGAGGAUGAGAUUGGAGCAGGCAGCAUCAAAUCAGAUAUCUUGGAAGACAAGGAGCGAUCCUUAUCACCCUCCUCUGUAAACUCUGACAGUUUGUCUGAUCUGUGUCUGAGCAAUGAUGGUAUUGCAGUACAGAUGAGGCCAAGCAUGUCAGGAUUGCACUUGAUGAGGCAAGGAAGGGACAGGAAGAAGUUGGAGUUACAGAGGGAUUUCACUGUUGCCUCGCCAGCUGAGUUUGUAACUCGAUUUGGAGGCAAUAAAGUUAUUGAAAAGGUACUGAUUGCCAAUAAUGGGAUUGCAGCAGUGAAGUGCAUGAGGUCUAUACGGCGCUGGUCUUAUGAAAUGUUUAGGAAUGAGCGUGCGAUACGAUUUGUCGUUAUGGUAACUCCGGAAGACUUGAAAGCUAAUGCAGAGUAUAUUAAAAUGGCAGAUCACUAUGUUCCUGUACCUGGAGGACCAAACAACAACAACUAUGCAAAUGUUGAGCUGAUACUAGACAUUGCAAAACGCAUUCCAGUCCAGGCAGUAUGGGCAGGCUGGGGCCAUGCAUCUGAAAACCCCAAACUACCGGAACUUCUCCAUAAACAUGGCAUUGCUUUCAUGGGUCCUCCAAGUCUAGCUAUGUGGGCACUGGGUGAUAAAAUUGCCUCUUCUAUAGUUGCGCAGACUGCAGGAAUCCCCACACUCCCUUGGAGUGGCAGUGGGCUGACUAUUGAGUGGACUGAAACGGAACCAUUGAAACUAAUCGUGAGCGUUCCUUCUGAGCUGUAUGAAAAAGGUUGUAUUGCAGAUGUGGAGAGUGGUAUGAAGGCUGCAGAGGAUAUUGGCUACCCAGUGAUGAUCAAGGCUUCUGAAGGAGGAGGUGGCAAAGGGAUAAGAAAAGUGAAUGCAGCUGAGGAUUUUCCGAACCUUUUCAGGCAGGUACAAACAGAGGUCCCUGGUUCUCCAAUUUUUGUAAUGAGGCUUGCCAAACAUGCACGCCAUCUUGAAGUCCAAAUUCUUGCUGAUCACUAUGGCAAUGCAAUUUCCCUAUUUGGCCGUGAUUGCUCAGUUCAACGUCGACACCAAAAGAUUAUUGAGGAAGCUCCUGCGACAAUUGCUACUUCCUCAGUGUUUGACAACAUGGAGAAGUGUGCAGUGAAGCUAGCAAAAAUGGUGGGCUAUGCAAGUGCAGGCACAGUGGAAUAUCUGUACAGUCAAGAUGGAAGUUUUUACUUUCUGGAACUAAACCCUAGACUUCAAGUGGAACAUCCCUGUACUGAAAUGGUGGCAGAUGUAAACUUGCCUUCUGCACAGUUGCAGAUUGCAAUGGGAAUUCCUUUGCACAGAAUCAAGGAUAUUCGGAUGCUGUAUGGAGUUGCCCCAUGGGGGGAUUCACCGAUUGAUUUUGAGAAUUCAGCAAACACCCCUUGUCCACGUGGUCAUGUGAUAGCCGCUCGUAUCACCAGUGAGAAUCCAGAUGAGGGUUUCAAGCCAAGUUCCGGCACUGUGCAGGAGUUGAAUUUCCGCAGCAGUAAGAACGUCUGGGGUUACUUCAGUGUGGCGGCAGCAGGAGGCCUCCAUGAGUUUGCAGACUCUCAAUUUGGACAUUGCUUCUCGUGGGGCGAAAACAGAGAAGAAGCCAUCUCGAACAUGGUGGUGGCACUGAAGGAACUGUCCAUUCGUGGUGAUUUCAGAACAACUGUGGAAUACCUCAUCAGAUUAUUGGAAACAGAAAGCUUCCAACAGAACAGCAUUGAUACUGGCUGGCUAGAUCGGCUCAUUGCAGAGAAAGUCCAGGCUGAGAGGCCAGAUACUAUGUUGGGAAUUGUGUGUGGAGCUCUGCAUGUUGCAGAUAAAUCCUUCAGAAACAGUGUCUCUAAUUUCCUUCACUCACUGGAAAGGGGUCAAGUCUUACCAGCUCAUACUCUUCUGAACACAGUGGAUGGGGAACUCAUCUAUGAAGGGGUGAAAUAUGUGCUCAAGGUUACACGGCAGUCGCCUAAUUGCUAUGUAGUUAUAAUGAAUAACUCGUUUGUGGAGGUGGAUGUUCAUCGGCUGAGUGAUGGUGGCUUGCUGUUGUCCUACCAUGGCAGCAGCUACACUUCGUACAUGAAAGAGGAAGUGGACAGGUAUCGUGUUACAAUUGGCAACAAGACUUGUGUAUUUGAAAAGGAGAAUGACCCCUCACUGUUACGCUCGCCCUCGGCAGGAAAGUUGAUCCAAUACACUGUAGAAGAUGGUGGCCAUGUUUUUGCAGAUCACUGCUUUGCAGAAAUUGAGGUGAUGAAGAUGGUGAUGACGCUGGUUGCUCAGGCUUCAGGCUGUAUUCACUAUGUGAAAAGACCAGGAGCUGUUCUUGAACCAGGUUGUGUGAUUGCCAAACUGCAACUGGAUGAUCCAAGCAGGGUGCAGCAGGCUGAAUUAUUCACGGGACCACUGGUUAGGAACCAGAGCUCAGCCCUCCAAGGAGAGAAGCCCCACCGCAUCUUCCAUUACGUUCUAGAUAACCUGGGAAACAUCAUGAAUGGGUUCUGCCUGCCAGAGGCCUAUUUUGAUAUAAAGGUAAAGGACUGGGUGGAAAGAUUAAUGCAGACCCUGCGGGAUCCGUCCCUCCCACUCCUGGAGCUGCAAGAUAUCAUGACCAGUGUUUCUGGAAGAAUCCCCCCAGCAGUGGAGAAGGCUAUCAAAAAGGAGAUGGCACAGUAUGCAAGCAACAUCACCUCAGUGCUCUGCCAAUUUCCCAGCCAACAGAUUGCUAAUAUAUUGGACAGCCAUGCUGCAACAUUAAACAGGAAGUCUGAGCGGGAGGUUUUCUUCAUGAAUACACAAAGCAUAGUUCAGCUGGUACAGAGGUAUCGCAGUGGAAUCCGGGGUCACAUGAAGGCUGUUGUCAUGGACCUUCUCAGGCAGUAUCUGAAGGUGGAGAUAGAAUUCCAGCAAGGCCAUUAUGAGAAAUGCGUCUUUACCCUUCGAGAGGACCAUAAAGGAGACAUGACUACAGUCCUGAACUACAUCUUCUCCCACGCCCAAGUCACCAAGAAGAACCUUCUUGUUACAAUGCUUAUUGACCAGUUAUGUGGACGGGAUCCAACUUUGACUGAUGAGCUAAUUACCAUUCUAACCGAGUUAACACAGCUCAGUAAGACCACCAAUGCUAAGGUGGCUCUCCGAGCUCGGCAGGUUCUGAUUGCAUCACACUUGCCAUCUUAUGAGCUCCGUCACAACCAGGUGGAAUCCAUUUUUCUAUCAGCCAUUGAUAUGUAUGGACAUCAGUUCUGCAUUGAAAACCUUCAGAAGCUCAUCCUCUCCGAGACCUCCAUCUUUGAUGUUCUUCCCAAUUUUUUCUAUCAUAGUAACCAAGUGGUGAGAAUGGCAGCAUUGGAGGUAUAUGUUAGAAGGGCCUACAUCGCAUAUGAGUUGAACAGUGUUCAGCAUCGUCAGCUGCAGGAUGGAACCUGCAUUGUAGAGUUUCAGUUCAUGUUGCCAACAUCCCAUCCCAACAGAGGGAACAUCCCCACCCUAAACAGGAUGUCUUUCUCAUCCAACUUGAACCAUUAUGGGAUGUUUCAUGUUGCUAGUGUAAGUGAUGUGCUGCUCGAUGCUGCUUUUACUCCACCAUGCCAGCGUAUGGGGGCAAUGGUCGCAUUCCGCACCUUUGAGGACUUUGUGAAAAACUUUCAAGAUGUGACAAGUUGCUUUUCUGACUCGCCUCCUCCAAGCCCCACCUUUCCUGAGUCAGGACAUGCCUCACUGUAUGAUGAAGAUGACAGCAAAAAUACAAGAGAUGAGCCUAUUCAUAUUCUCAAUGUGGCUAUUAAGAUUGAUAAUGACACUGAUGAUGAUGCCCUGGUGAUGAUGUUUGGAGAGUUCAUGCACUCCAUGAGAUCAAUUCUGUUCGACCAUGGUAUCCGUCGUCUGACCUUCCUUGUAGCACAGAAGGAUUUCCGGAAACAGUGCAAUUAUGAGGUGGAUCGGAGAUUCCAUAGAGAGUUUCCAAAGUUCUUCACUUUCCGCUCAAGAGACAAGUUUCAGGAAGACCGGAUUUACCGACAUCUGGAACCCGCGCUGGCUUUCCAGCUGGAGCUAAAUCGGAUGCGUAAUUUUGAUCUUACCGCAAUGCCAUGUGCCAAUCACAAAAUGCACCUGUAUUUGGGUGCCGCCAAGGUGGAGGCUGGUAUUGAGGUGACUGACUAUCGAUUCUUUGUACGAGCGAUUAUUCGGCACUCGGACUUGGUCACGAAGGAAGCCUCAUUUGAAUAUCUGCAGAAUGAGGGAGAGCGUUUGUUGUUGGAAGCUAUGGAUGAACUGGAAGUAGCAUUUAACAACACUAAUGUUCGAACAGACUGCAACCAUAUCUUCCUCAACUUUGUUCCCACUGUUAUCAUGGACCCUUCAAAGAUAGAAGAGUCUGUACGUAGCAUGGUGAUGCGAUAUGGCAGUCGUCUCUGGAAACUGCGUGUGCUUCAGGCGGAGUUGAAAAUAAAUAUUCGUUUGACACCUACUGGAAAGGCCAUUCCCAUCAGGCUGUUCCUGACCAAUGAGUCAGGUUAUUAUUUGGAUAUUAGUCUGUACAAGGAGGUGACAAAUUCCAGGACUGGACAGAUUAUGUUUCAGGCCUAUGGAGAUAAACAGGGACCAUUACAUGGAAUGCUGAUUAACACACCCUAUGUUACCAAAGACCUUCUGCAAUCCAAAAGGUUUCAAGCCCAGUCUCUUGGAACAACAUAUGUAUACGACUUGCCUGAAAUGUUCCGGCAGUCUUUAAUCAAACUAUGGACAUCUAUGGAAGUGCAGGCCUAUUUACCCUCCCCACCUGAAGAGCUGCUGACAUUCACUGAGCUGGUGCUGGACAGUCAAGGUCAGCUCGUACAGCUGAACAGGCUACCUGGAGGCAAUGAGAUUGGUAUGGUGGCCUGGAAGAUGCACCUAAAGUCACCAGAUUGUCUGGAUGGCCGUGACAUCAUUGUCAUAAGCAAUGACAUCACUCACAAGAUUGGGUCGUUUGGACCCCAGGAGGAUCUGUUGUUCCUGAGAGCCUCCGAACUUGCCAGAUCCAAAGGCAUCCCACGUGUUUACAUAGCAGCAAACAGUGGAGCAAGGAUUGGAUUGGCAGAAGAAAUUCGACACAUGUUCCAUGUAGCCUGGGAAGAUCCUGCUGAUCCAUAUAAGGGUUACAAGUACCUCUACCUCACACCUCAGGACUAUAAAAAAGUCAGUGCACUAAAUUCAGUGCACUGUGAACAUGUUGAAGAUGAAGGAGAGUCAAGGUACAAAAUAACAGAUAUCAUCGGCAAAGAAGAGGGACUGGGAGUUGAAAAUCUCCGAGGAUCAGGAAUGAUAGCAGGAGAAUCAUCGUUAGCUUAUGAUGAAAUUAUCACAAUGAAUUUGGUCACGUGCCGUGCGAUCGGUAUUGGUGCAUACCUUGUACGAUUGGGACAGAGGACUAUCCAAGUGGAAAACUCGCAUAUCAUUUUGACUGGAGCUGGAGCCUUGAAUAAGGUACUUGGCCGUGAGGUGUACACAUCCAACAACCAAUUGGGAGGUGUCCAGAUCAUGCAUAAUAAUGGUGUGACUCACACAACCGUAUACGAUGACUUUGAGGGGGUUGUUAUCAUCCUUCAGUGGUUGUCCUACAUGCCAAAGAAUACAUCCAGUUCAGUGCCCAUCCUUAAGCCUAAGGACCCCAUUGAUCGAACAAUUGAGUUUGUCCCCACCAAAACACCUUAUGAUCCUCGGUGGAUGCUUGCUGGAAGACCUCACCCAACACAAAAAGGACAAUGGCAGAGUGGCUUCUUUGACUAUGGGUCCUUCAUGGAGAUCAUGCAGCCGUGGGCACAGACAGUGGUGGUGGGAAGAGCCAGGUUGGGAGGAAUACCCGUGGGAGUGGUUGCUGUGGAAACCAGGACCGUAGAGUUAUCAAUCCCGGCAGACCCUGCAAAUCUGGAUUCUGAAGCUAAGAUAAUCCAGCAAGCCGGUCAAGUAUGGUUCCCCGACUCUGCCUUUAAAACCGCUCAAGCUAUCAAGGACUUUAACCGAGAAGGGCUUCCACUGAUGAUCUUUGCCAAUUGGCGAGGUUUCUCUGGUGGAAUGAAAGACAUGUAUGAUCAAGUGCUAAAGUUUGGUGCAUGCAUAGUCGAUGGAUUGCGAGAGUACAGGCAACCCAUGCUUGUGUAUAUCCCUCCAAAUGCAGAACUGAGAGGUGGCUCAUGGGUAGUCAUUGACCCCACUAUCAACCCCAGGCACAUGGAGAUGUAUGCAGACAAGGAGAGCAGAGGUGGUGUACUGGAGCCAGAGGGGACAGUGGAGAUCAAGUUCCGGAAGAAAGAUCUGGUGAAAACAAUGCGGCGAGUGGACCCCGUGUACAUGAGUUUGGCUGAGCGUUUGGGCACCCCAGAACUGAGCCCAGGUGAACGCAAGGAGCUGGAAACAAAAUUGAAAGAGAGGGAAGAAUUUUUAUUACCCAUAUAUCACCAGGUUGCUGUGAGGUUUGCUGACCUUCAUGACACACCAGGCCGCAUGCAAGAGAAAGGGGUCAUCACCGAUAUUUUGGAUUGGCUGACAUCACGUACAUUCUUCUACUGGCGUCUCCGCAGACUGCUCCUAGAGGACACAGUAAAGAAGAAGAUCCUAGCUGCAAACCCGGAGCUGACGGAUGGACAAAUUCAGGCAAUGCUGAGGCGCUGGUUUGUGGAGGCUGAAGGAGCUGUGAAGGCUUAUCUGUGGGAUGACAAUAAGGAUGUAGUUGAAUGGUUGGAGAAACAACUACUGGAGGAGGAAGGAGCUCGCUCAGUCAUUGAUGAGAACAUCAAGUACAUCUGCAGAGAUUAUAUUCUCAAACAGAUCCGAAGUCUGGUGCAGGCCAAUCCUGAAGUUGCCAUGGAUUCUAUUGUUCACAUGACCCAACACAUCUCACCCACUCAGAGAGCUGAAAUUGUCCGCAUUCUCUCAUCAAUGGAUGCCCCUGCUUCAACAUAAAGGACACGUGGACGGGAUUCUGCAGGGAGCUGACAGUACAAGCAGAGCUAGUGCACAUUUCUUAACAGCUGCACUGAAGAGGGUAUUAGAAAUUAUGGAGCGUGGAUCCUCAUGCACAGAAAUACAGAUGCAAGACACUGGCCCACAGUUGGAAUUGUAACAAUUUACAACCUGUAUGUGAAAUGUAAGAAAUGGAUGAACUUAAUUUAACCGGAUGUAGAUUGUGAUGUUAAAUACGUAAUGUUCUGGCACUGAAUUGCCCCCUGAACUCUCAUGUCAUCAUGACUGGCAGUGAAGAUGCCUUAAAGGUCAGUACUUGUGGGCUCAUAUUUGAUGGCCCAUAAAAUUUCUAUUCAUUUGCCAGCAAUCAAAUCUAUACACUACAGUUCUCAGUUCCUUUACAGGCAUAAAUUGACAGCAUAUCUCAUGAAGGGCAUGUAGUACAUUGUGGUUUGCAGUGCCAGUUAAUUGAACAAUCGAUGUAGAGUUGUUUGUGGAAAUAUUUUAACAUUUCUUUUUGUAAUCAACUACCUUUCCCAUCCUGAAUUGCUGCUGUUAAGGGGGAAACAAACAGGAACAGACUGAAAAGAAUAAUUAAACAACCAAGUGAAAAUUAUACCCCGCACCCCACUUCAUUCCAGCACUCCCCUCCCCCCAAAACCAAUUUGCUAUUGACUUAAAAAUCUCUGGUGGUUUAAGAUGGGAACACAGAGGUGUCUGUUACAUUAAACCUUAUAACUUAAUUAAUGAACCCGCGUUUCUACCAGAAAAGAAAGUGAGAGUAUUUGAGAUUUUUCAUUGGCAUACACAGUUAAUUGACUUGCAGAUCCUACUGAUGCAUUUGCAGAUGGACCAGUUUUCGGGGAGAGGAUUUAUUGAAGGAGAAGGAACAAGUGGCCAUUUUCUGUUUUAACUAUUUUUAAUCUGACUUGUUGGUUAAAAGAUACAAGUUCUAUAUUUUACUAUAAGCUUAUAAUAAUUGCCAAAUCUGACAGAAAACCGAGUAACAAAAGUAAUGAAAUGUCAGGGAUAAGAAAGAAAGUGGUUAGCAUUUUCUCCUCAGCUCAGGCACUGAAAGUGUCUGCAGUUUGAAUGUAUGAGGAUGAAGAUACGAGGAGGAGUAUUUGAACAGGCAGAGAAAAUGUUAUUUACUUAAGCAUUAAUAAACUGAAGCGGCAACUUGGACCUUAACCCUUUCCUUCACAUUAUUCUAAACGGCUUAAAGGAAGAAGCAAUGCAAUAAUAAACAGUCCAAAAUAGUUUAUCGCUUUAACCUGAUUCUGACCAAUAGUAGUAUGUCAAGAAAAGGAACUUGCCAUCACAGUAAGUUUUUGAGUUGCCUGGCUAUAGGGAAGCAAGAAUGUACAUUUCAAUAAAGGUCUAAACAUUUAGUUUGCACAUGUCCAAAUAACCAGACCUGGAUAAGUCAUGUCAAGAUCUGAUGUAUAGCUAUAACAAAGUCUUUGAGUAGUAGUACUUAGAAAAACAUUGGAUGGGGUGGUUAGUUGAUGUGUUGCUCAAAUUUAACUAAUAAUUUUGAUUGUUUGGUCUCCUUUCCACUGGCUGCAGUUUUACUUGGCUACCUUGUUAAAACUGUUUCAACUGCUGAAGGCCAGCAGAAUGUUUAUCAAAGUCAGCAAUGCAGCAUCAGAUGAAGUCAGUGCUUCCCACUUCCUGAGCUCACCUAACUCAUUCGGUCUACACAAGGGAGGAACAAAUGUAGGAGAGUCAUGGAUGGCCCAGAGAGGGUGGAGGGAAUAAAAGUGAACGACUUGUCUUUCCAUACAGUUCCUUUUCUCUCAGUUCUGAAUGCUAUUGAAGAGUGGGUUAACUGUAGCAUUUGUGGGACCAAGAGAUCAGAGACUCGAGACAGAGAUGUGUGUCUUCACUAAAUAAAUGAAGGUUCGGAUUUAUGAAGCCUCUAAAUAUUUUGAGCCUUAGCACAAAAUAAGAUGGCAGGCCAGACUGAAAUGGACAAUCUCUGUCUUUUGCAUAUCUAUUUCAGAGUAAAAUUCCAACUUUUGCAGCUAAAAGCGGCUGUUCUGUCCUUCAUUUAAAAGACUGCCUGUUGGUAUCUUAUUUUGAUGCUUUGACAUCAAGGGGUAGAUCAUCUCUGAACAAUAAUUGGAGCAAAAUCAGAAAUUUAUUUGUAGAAAAUGAGUUUAUAAUUUUAAAGGACCUGGUGUUCACAAAGAUCUUCACAAGUAUUAUAAAAAGGUCAAAUGAGUGCAAACCCUGCUAACUGUAAUUAACACAGGGAUCAUAUCUUUUGACACCUGUGGAAUACAGUCUCAUCAUUUUAAGUGCAAAUGGCAACUCUGGACAGCUUUGGAAUGAAUUAAUUAUGUUUGGGAACGAGUUACUCUUUGUGUUACUGUAACAUCCCAGGAUCUUUUGCUUGGACUUUGUAACUAAUUUAUAUUUUUUAAGUGAGUCCAAAUGCAUAUACAAAGUUCUAUAUGCAUUGAAUGUCCUCAUUAUUAACUUAUGAUUAGAUUUAUAUAGUAUACAUGUAUGCAGUUUGUAGAAUUUGUUUGGAACUUCUUAGUGUCAACAAUUUCUAAAGUCCAUCACUUCUCCCCUCCAGCAGGGCUUGCUGCAUGGCUGUCUGAAUUCAUGUAGGAGAGUAGAAUCCAUUGGUCUUAAUACAGGUGACGUUGUGGAGAAAAAGACAGGCACUGCAAUAAUUUUAGUCAUCAAAUUAUUUUGACGUGUUCUUUGUGAUAUAACUGGAGUUACUGUGCCUGAGCAGAAAGCACCAUUAAAAUGUUCUCUUUGUCUGUCUUGAUAAUCCACAAUGAUUGCCUAUGGUAAAACAGUGCUUGUGUCUAAUCAGUUAGUGUCGGAAAACUCUGGUAUGUAGAAAUUCAUUUCUAAUUGAGCUGUGAUAAACCUAUAGAUGUGAUAAUGUGACAAAGGGAAACAACCUGUGGUUACAGGAAAAUGAUACACUAUCUAAACAGUUAAGAAACUCUUCAGCUAUUGCAGUGGUCAGCCCCAACUGGAGUGAGCAAAUAACUCUGCCAUGUCAACACCUGACUUUUACUGUAUCAUUAAGUUCAGAACACACCCUUGAAAGUUUGGGUACAUGAUCACAUUCAGCAUCUCCGUGUAAAUUCUAAAUGCCACAGCCUUGUUAUUCUUUUUAUGCUUCUUUCUUUUCAAGGGAUAAUGACCAUUUUUUCAACCAAGUAUCCAAGCUCAUUCAUGAGCAUUCAGACUUCCUAGAAUUUCAGAUGUGUGGUAAUGAAAGAUUAAAGUGAGUGAUUUGGAGUGAAAUUCCUUUGAACAAAAAUGGGAACGUGAGGUGCUGCUUCUGCAAUUAAGGCCUUGCGAACUGGUAUUAUCAGAAAUUGCACAUUUCAUACUGAUGUUGCUGCUGAAAUUUUACUAAGCACAAAGAAAAAUAUUCAUUCUCUCAUUUAUUCCUUAAAAGGAAAUUUUACCCACUCCAUAGAAGCAAAGGGGAGGAGUCACAUUGAACAAGUAGUGGAAUACACUUGCAACAAUGCAAGUGGUUUGUUGUGUUGAAACAAUGGGUCAACAUUUUUCAGCCAAAGUAUCCUGAGAUGCUGCAGUCUGGGGGUGGAACAAUAAAAUUGACAGUUUAUUUAUUUCAUUUUUUGUUUUAAUCAAGUUUUUUUUUUAAACAUGAAAGCCAUGAGCCUAACUUUGUUAGACAUGUGUUUAUAAAACAAAAUCUAUGAAUAAAAACACACAAAUUUUCACCCUGACUUUUGAGGAGCCAAGCACAGACUGGAUGGGCUGAAGGGAUCUCUUUGUUAUGUAAUUCAGUGUCUUCUCUUGCCCUCAGUCCUGUUGCAACUGUAGAGGAAACAGCAUUUGUCAUGUGGAUAUCCACAAUUCUGCUUACUAAGCGGCUAAAGGAAAUAAUCCACUACCUAUCCCCACCCCUUCCCCCUCCUUGCCCCAAGCUCCAUUUAUUUAGUUUGGUGAUUUCAGCCAGGUUAACACUAUUACUGGCUUUCUUCAAAGUGAAUGAGAAAUUAGCUAGACUUCUCAUUAUUGCUUACAAUCCAAUGAUCCUUGGUGGACAUUUAGUGUUUGUUGUGAAUAGCCACUGGGGUGAGGAGCCAGUGAUCGCGGAUUAUGUACCCUUCCAGAAAAGAGAGAAUAAAUUUGGGUUUGAAAGCAACUCUACAUUUUGACACACAAAUUACAAAGGUACCAAACACUGGGAGAAAGCAGGAAAUUGGUCACAUUACAGUGUAAAAAAAUUUUGUGCUCUCUCAAAGCUGAGGAUCAAAGUAGCAACGUUUUCUAAUUUAAGGCUUUUGUAACUUCUUCAAUCUCGGGAGUAUUGAAAAGAUUAAAAAUAAAAAAAAAUUGAGUCUUU